GUGAAAAGGCUGCUUCAGUAAAGAAGAGCCCCACCGAAACGUCAAUUUGAACAUCUAUUACACGGUUAUUGAAAGUGUUCAUGGAUAAGAUUAUGUGUGGAGCUCCGGUGGAUUUAUCUUUCAGAAGUCUCACCAGAUUGACAGGUUCUGAUCUUCAUCAUGGUUUCUCUAAAUACGCUUGGACAGAGAAUCCCCACAGCGGUCUUCGACCUUUAAAAAAAAAUUCAGAAAGUAAAUAUCUUAGCUGCUCCCUCCGUCUCAGUAACAACAGCAUCAUUGACCUGUGUGACCUCCAUCAGACAGUGAGCCACUUCCUGGCUGAACCCUCAAGUCUCGCCUGGCUGGACCUCUCCUUCAACAAACUCUCACAUAUAGAUAAGGUUUUGUGCGAGUUGCAUGGACUCCGCGUGUUAUAUCUUCAUGGAAACAACAUUUCUACUCUGUCAGAGGUGGACAGGUUGGGUGUGCUCCCCCAUCUUCACUCCGUCACUCUACAUGGAAACCCCAUAGAGACAAACAAGACUUACAGGAAUCGUGUGAUUUCUGCAUUGCCGCAGUUAAAAACGAUGGACUUCAGUGCUGUGACACAGCAGGAGCGAGUCCUGGCUAAGCUGUGGCAUCAGAGCAACUCCCGCUGCAGAAGCAGCAAGAAGAGCCUUCACUGAAUGCUAGUGUGUGGAAAUCAUAACUCAAUUCAAAAGCUUCACUGCAAGAAAACAGAUUUUUAAAUAUGCACAUUUGCUACCAGUAUUUCAACUGAAAUUAGUGUUGUAAAUAUUUCUUGCAAUUUAAUGUCACAAUUUGAGGUUUCUGUGCUGGAAAUAGAAAAAUAACUGAGAUUUAGUUUUUUUGUUUGAGAGCAUCACUGAAACCUACUCGUUUCACAUUUUAGCCAGUAUUAACUUGCAAUUUUUCAAAUCUAAUCAUGGCAUGGAAUAUGAGUUUAACCGAUUAUGAAGUUUAAGUUCAAACGUCUCUGAACUUACAGGUGCAUCUAUCUGUAAGUUGAAUAAUAUUGAACAGUUAUGCCAUGUCAACAAUCCUAAUUAGGACAUGUAAACCUGAAAUAUUUAAUGGAUUUAUUACAUAGAGAGUGUUGUAUUUUUAAAUGUUUAUUUCUAAAAAAAAAAAAAAAAAAGAUUGUUAGGAAUUACAAGCAAUGAAACCUAUUCAGUUCCUCACAUAAUUAAGAGAUCAUGCAAGACCAAAAAAGAUAUAUUACAUAAAAAUAUUAUGUCUGACAAAAUCAUUGGAAAGGCUGCCGACUUGACAGUUGUACAGCAGAGAGUUACUGAGCCUCUCCACAGGGAGGUUGAACACAAAGAAAUAAGAGUCACUGCAAGUCAUUUACAGUUCAUGUUCUGGUACAGAACAAUCCAGAACGCAGACUAUAACUUUGGUAUUCCUGGUUUUAAACCCCUGCUGCACCAGAGACGUCAGAAAUAUCUUGCAUGGACCAAGAAGGAAAAGAAGUAAAUUUUUGCUUAGUGGACCAAUUUGCUUGACUGACAAGUAAAUUCUCCUGAUAUAAACUUACAAACAAUCCAGGAGGAAUUGUCUAAGAAACAGAACUUGGUUGUUGGUUUUUUUUUUGCCAUAAUCAUCAAAUUCUAAAUCCUAGAAAUAUAUUAUGUGUACAAUGUCAUAAUUACUUUUUGAAUGACUGAAAUAAAGUAACAUUUCAAUGUUAUGCUAAUAUAUGAAUUUGUACCUGCAGAAAUGUUUGAUUCUUAAUGUAAAUUAUCUGUUAAAACUCUGUAACAUCACUAAAUAAACUACUUCUCAGAAGUCAACAUGUGGUCACUACAAUAAGACACAAUUGUUUUCUUGAAACUUUUUAAUGAACUGAUUAAACCAAACAAAAAUAUUUUUAACUUUUUGGUACUAGCCUAAGAUAGUACAAACAUACAGUCUUCCAUGUAUUACACAUUUAAGUAACAGAAAAAAAAAUGCCAAGAAUCCAUUGCAUAACAAAAGCACUAAUCAAUUGUGUGGUAUAAAUAGUCUUGCAGGCUCCCUUUAGCGACUUGAGAUCGUCUCAUGUUGUGCCCUCCCUUAAAGAGCACAUGUACAGUUAGAAACAAAAACACAUAAAUAAUCGGCAAAAGAUCUGAGGUUAUUUAAUCUGCUCGGGUAUAUAGAUAGAUUCCAUGCUGCAACAAGUUAGUUUCUGAUUAAUAUGAAAACCUCAAUCCGGGGGGGAAAAAAGGCUUUAAGUAAAAAGCUAACAAUCGCAGACCUGAAAAGCAGUUUUGUUUCCUAAAAAAUUGUCAUCCUACAGGACCUUCAUACGAUCCACCAGCUACAGAUGUAGUCGAUCGGAAAAUUCUGUACAAAGGUAACGAUCGUACAGCGAGUCUUUGCAUCCUCCACAGGCCACUCGCUUCACCCUUGAUUUUCUAACCCUGUCAUUAAAAAGGUUAAGUUCGUGCCCAAGUGAUCAGGAGGGCAGGAUACUUGAACAUCUCUGUCUGUAAACUCAUCCGUUAAGCUAAAACAUUUCAGGAGGUCCAACCAGCCCACACCUCUGCUUGUGUUUGAAUCCUUAUCCUCUGGAAAUGAGCAGGUUAAUCAUGAUGUGGUCAGGUGAAAGACAGAUUAAACUGUCAGGAGCUGAAAUGAAAACUGAAACUAAAGUUUUUUUCUUGAUUGAAAAUGACACCAGAUGAGCUGCCUUUAUUUAAUCAGGCCUGCUGUUCAAUGCAGGGUGAAACAACAGCUUAAUUUCUCAGGGGAGAAAGAUGCCAAUUACUCUUUUCAAGCAGGAAUUGACUUUUUUUCUUUUUAGAGAAAACUAACUGAAAAAUACUUUAGUUUUAAACUUAUAUCAUGUACAAAUAUGAAGCCAUGUCCGAAGUUCUUUGCAAGUAAAAAACUACGACUGUCAAUCACAUCCACUGCACUGUAAAUAUGUAAAAUGUCUCACACAAUAUGACUUAUCAAUCAUAGCCAGGGUGUGAACCAUGAGCCAAACAUCCUGCAGCUGUCUCAUUUGAUAACAUGGUGUGACUACAGUGUGCCCAUAUGAAAAUAAAGUCAAAAGACACUGAAAGGACCCUGAAAACCUAAAAUAUUAUGAAUAUUGAUUUAUUUUACAUCUUUUGGACAAAGCCUAAUGCAUGUGUUACACACUGAGGAGGCCUCGCUGAAGUGAUCAUGCACAUCGCUCACAAACUCAAAACCCACUGCCAAUAACGCUCCAGAGUUUUACUAAAAGACAGUUGUUUUUUUUCUGGUGGGAGGUGAUUCACUUCCUGUCUUCACAAAAGUUCGUGGCAGACCUAAAACGCAGGACGACCAAAAUGCUUUAAUAACAUUAAAAAAAAAGGUGGGCUGGAGUACGAUGAAGCAGGAGUGGCACAGAGCGAG